UGAAUGUGUAAUUCUUUCUGCCGUGUCUCAGGAGUUAAAGUCUCAUCCUAAAACAUCCUAUAUGACUUCCAAAAACUGCGAUACAGCUUUAACAGGCUGCACGCGCUCCCGUUAACGGUAAUCAGUCUUUGGACGAUUAUCUCGGUUUUGGCACGAGGCCCAGAUGUCAGGAGAGAAGGGGCGGGAUUGAGAUACUAGGAUCUAGUUCAUGAUCUAGACUCAAACUCCUGCUAUGGCUGCAGCGGUGUGGACUGGUCCAGGACGGAGGACUGUGACUGCUGUGGGGACAGUGACCAGAUCCAGAUCCACAUCCAGUCACAUCGCUGUGAAACCCCAGUAUGACGCACUGGUCAUCGGAGGAGGACACAAUGGACUGGUGGCAGCUGCCUAUCUUCAGAAGGGAGGAUUGAGGACAGCGGUGCUGGAGCGUAGACAUGUUCUGGGAGGAGCAGCUGUUUCAGAGGAAAUCUUUCCUGGUUUCCACUUCUCCAGGUGUUCCUAUCUGCUCAGUUUAUUGAGACCCCACAUAUACGCAGACUUGGAGCUCAAGAAACAUGGGCUGAAGGUGUAUAUGAGGGACCCCCAUGCUUUCACCCCCAUGUUGGAGGAUGGCGUGGGCGGUGCCCCACCGAGGUCUCUCACCCUAAGCUCUGAUAUGGCCAUGAAUCAGAUGGAGAUCGGCAAGUUCUCACAGAAGGACGCUAAGGCCUAUCCAGAGUUUGGUGCAUACCUUGAGAAGCUAGCCGGAGCUAUCCACCCUCUUCUGGAUGCUCCUCCUGUAGACAUUCCAGGUGUUACCACUGGAUCACUGAGGAAGCGGCUGGCUGCAGCUAAAACACUGAGGCCUAUUGUUAAAUGUGGUCUGAAGCUGGGCAGAAACAUUCCAGACUUUUACGAGAUUGUAACUGCACCAAUAACAAAGAUCCUCAAUCGGUGGUUUGAGUCGGAGCCGCUGAGAGCAACAUUGGCGACUGAUGCUGUGAUAGGAGCCAUGACCAGUCCAAGUAAUCCUGGCAGUGGGUAUGUGCUCUUGCACCACGUGAUGGGAGAGCUGGAGAAGGAGAAGGGAUCGUGGGGUUAUGUGGAGGGAGGCAUGGGAGGCGUGUCUCAGGCUAUUGCUAGCUCCGCUCGAUCCUACGGUGUAGACAUUUUCACUGAGAAGGAUGUGGGACAGGUCCUGGUUGGUUCAGAUGGUGCUGCCAAGGGAGUGGUGCUAAAGGAUGGCACAGAGAUCCACAGCAAAGUUGUUUUAUCAAAUGCUACCCCAUAUGUUACCUUCAAGAAGCUCACGCCACAGGCCGCCCUUUCUCCAGAGUUCAUCAAAGCUGUAGAUCAGAUAGACUACACCUCACCUGUGACCAAGAUCAACGUGGCAGUGAACAAGCUACCUAACUUCCUGGCAUCUCCCACACCAGAUGAUAAACCUGGACCCCACCAUCAGUGCUCCAUUCAUCUCAACUGUGAAAGCGUGGAGCUCCUGGAGACUGCAUACAAAGAGGCCGUGAAUGGACGUUGCUCAACAAGACCCAUGCUGGAGAUGACCAUCCCCUCUGUGUUGGAUCCUACUCUGGCUCCCCCUGGCUGCCACGUGGUGUCACUGUUCACCCAAUUCACCCCCUACCACAUAGAGGGCAGGGAGUGGACUGACCAGGACAGGGAGGCCUUCGCAGACACUGCAUUUGACUGGGUGGAGCAAUACGCCCCUGGGUUUAAAAAGUCGGUGGUGGGCAGGGACGUCCUGACUCCACCUGACCUGGAGAGGAUCUUUGGGCUCACCGGAGGGAAUAUCUUCCAUGGAUCAAUGUCGCUGGACCAGCUCUACCUAGCACGACCUUUGCCCUCUCUCUCAGACUACCGUUCACCAAUUAAAGGGCUGUACCUGUGUGGCAGUGGCUCUCAUCCAGGUGGUGGUGUGAUGGGUUCACCUGGCUGGAAUGCAGCGCUCACCGUCAUGGCUGACCUGAAACGUCACAUCUGACGGCAUCAGUGUGCGGUCCGCUCAUCAUUGUUCAACCUCUCUUUUGUCUGAUUUAUGUGAAUUUGACUGAUCUGAGAAAUAAAUUUCAACACUCUCCACCAUAUUAUGGUACGGUAAGGGUCUCUGAAAAGAAAAAAGGUUGAUUUAAUAAUAGCACUGACAUGGGGUGAAAGAGACAAGGAGAGACUUUAUACACUCCUGAUAUUAAACACUAGUGCAAUACUUCCGCACUAAGUCCUGUUGCGACAUUACUUUUGAAUUCAUCUAAUCCGAGCCAGCAGAAAAUCACUGAUGCCAACACAACAUUAAUGUUGAAGAUUAAUUCAUUUUUAGAAUAACUGACACUUGUCUUAAUGAAAUUAAUUGUUAAUGUAAUGAUGGAAAUGAAGCCCAAUGGGACUUUUUACAACUUUGUAUGAAUAAAUUCUAAUGAAUUCAAGCAAA